ACCCAAACUUGUUCCUCAUGCUGCCGCCCAAGAGGUUUCCUUUUCCUCUGCAACUAGGGACUGACUUGUGUCAAAUCUCCCGCAUCUACCGGAUUCUGGCCAGCGACAAGGAAUCCAGAUUUCUCCGUCGCAUCCUCACCAAGGAUGAGCGCCUCGCGAUCCCUGCCGACCUGAAGUCGGCUGAUGCGUCAGCGACGCCGUCCGAGUAUUCCAAAGACGACGACUUCCAGACAUUGAAGAAGCGCAAUCCGCUGUUAUGGAAGAAUGCUAGCUUCCUAGCUGGAAGAUUCGCAGCCAAGGAAGCGACAUUCAAAGCCCACCCCACGAGAAACCUAACAUGGCACGACAUCACCAUUGUCCGGAAGCGAUUCGAGCAGCUGAAGAAUAUCGGAGAGCUGAAUGAGGCCAAGGAGCCGAAAAAACUCGAGGCCAAGGAGACGGAACCCCCAUCCGCCAACGGAAGCGGCCCGCCCGUCGCCAUCGUGCGCAGCAUACACGAAGGGACACCCGGGCAGGAGGUGUUGUUAUCCAUCAGCCACGACGGCGACUACGCCACGGCCGUGUGUUUGGCGUUUGAGGCCCAGAGCGACGGGUAGCCGAGCCGUAAACAGCCCAAGGACGGCAAGGAGGGCAAGAAGCGCCGCGUUUCCCGCGGCACUGAGGCUAAGAUGGAGAAUAAGAGCGCGAGGCGGCAGAGGCGGCUAUGGAGGCGAAGAUGAACUACAGGGAGUUCGAGGAGUAUAAGGCGUGGCGGGCGUGGACGGUCAAGGCUGAGAAGCAAGGGAAGAUGAAUCG